AUGUUCGCGAGAAUUCCUCACCAACCGGCAGCUCCUCCUCCAUUGUAUGGCAACCUGACCGGCGCUCCUUCUGGAUCGAGCAAUACACUGAGCACAGAAUCAGAUCUUACGCUGAGUACAGUUCCAACCACGCGAUUUUCUGUUUGGCAGCGGCUGAAUCCAGCUCGACCUCCCGCACCAACGACCAUCGAAGACAUUGCACUAUCCCGCAACAGUCGAACGGACUCGCCUCGGACCUCUACGCAGUAUCUUCGUAGCUCAGUGAGAUUUCAGGUACAGGAUUUGGUGUAUAAAUUCAAGGGCCUGGAUGCAGUAGCGCGACGUGCAUGCACCAAAGGAGUGCGACACAUGCCAAUUUUCCCGACACUAUAUGCGCAUGUAUUUACGCACCUUCACCUUUGUGCCCCUGACAAGCCGAACCUGCUGGUUGACCUGCGGAAGAUGAGAAAAGACUGGGCAUCACGGGGCAGCACGUGGUGUCUCAUAAAUUUCAAGGCUAUCAAAGACGCCCUGUCUAGACUAAUGAGCCAGGUUAGCGCGUGUCUGAAGUCGCACGUCUGUAACCAAUCUCUUAACAGCCAGUUCAGACUACACGCGCUGGACAUUCAAGAUAUCGGGGCGUUGAUUGCCAGUUGUUCAACCAACCCACACGCUACUUCGCAGUUAAUCACACUCAAAGGCGAUAUGGCCCAGUCCAUGCUAGACUUACUACAGACAUUACUCGUAAUGAAGUCAGACCAAUUAGAAAAAUGGUACAAAUGUCGGUUCUUGGACGCUAUCAUCCGACUGUCGAGGAAGUCGGAGCGUUUCCCUCGGAGCCUGCAGCUUCGUCGCAUCGACAACCUGGAGCCAACCGGUCUCCAUGGUAGGUUUGGAGUAAUCUUCAAAGGUGAACUCCUCGGUCGCUUUGUAGCCGUGAAAGAGAUCCUGACCGUCGGUCGCACCACUGCGGAGUUUCUCGAGGAUUUCUCGAAUGAGGCAGUCGUCUGGUGUCACACCCAGCAUGAAUGCUGCUUGCCAUUCUACGGCGUAUUCCAUCUUGAUAAUGGGGCACCGACGACCUGUCUGGUAUCUCCUUGGAUGGAGAAUGGACAUUUGAACGCGUAUCUCGGGCGAACCGAUGCUGAUCGUGCACCUCUGGUAUUGGACAUUGCGCGGGGUCUCGAAUACCUCCAUGGAAUGCAACCUACAAUUGUGCAUGGUGACUUGAAAGGGGUCAACGUUCUGGUUACCUUCUCCGGACGUGCAUGUUUGGCGGACUUCGGCCUUGCAUUCGCGCAGGACUCUCAAGCACAGCUUCAGACUACUAUAGUCCCUGUUGCAGGAACCACAUCUUUCAUGGCGCCUGAACUUCUGAAGGCACGUGCAAAUCCCAGUAUGUUGUCAACCCUGGACAGACGCCCAUGUGAUAUAUUCGCGUUUGGUUGCUUAUGUUAUGAGAUGUAUAAUGGGAAACGUCCGUACUCGGACUUACGCCCAUCGAAAGUGGAUGCCAAAUUCAAGAAGGGAAGCCGUCCCUCACGCCCAACGAAUAGCAAGUGUCUUCAACGAGGACUGGAUGACGACAUGUGGGAUUUCAUCAAUAAUUUAUGGCUCCAGGAUCCAAAGUUUCGAGCCACUGCUAGCCAAGCAUCUUUGUGGAUGUCGCACAAGAUGCGUAUGGCAGGGAAAAGCACGGACAGACCACCCGCGGAAAUGGAGUGGGACCUCGACUUUUUAACGGAAUGCACCACAGGGUUGACUGAUCUUGAUCCUCUUUCUCUUGCAUAA